UUCUUUAUUACAAUUUGACAUUCGGCUUAGUUCUCUUCCAAUACCAGUUGUCCAGUUCACAUUAAAAUUGAAAAAUAUUCCUUUGUUUAAUAUCGAAGAGGAUCAAAACUCAAGAUACAAAUUAAAUUCAUUAACAAAGCUUCCCUGCUAAAUCCUAGCCAGUGCAUGGAAACACCCUUUUAAAUUAUAAAACAACCAACAGAUUGUUGAAGAGAAGACACAAAAAUUGUCAACGUAGCAUCGCCGGCUUCUGGUGAAUUUCUAGAACACGCCUACACAAAAAAAAACUACUUAAUAUGAAACUAUUUGCCUUUCUAGCAUUGGUGCUUUGUGCCCAAUCAUCUUGGGCAUUCUAUUCCUCGUCGGAUGAUGUCGUCGAACUGACUCCAUCCAACUUCGACAAACUUGUGAUUAACGAUGAAGCCGUCUGGAUUGUCGAGUUCUUUGCCCCCUGGUGUGGACAUUGUCAGAGUUUGGUUCCAGAGUACAAGAAAUUGGCCAAGGCAGUGAAGGGAGUUAUCAAAGUUGGUUCGGUGAAUGCUGACGAACACGGUUCCUUGGGUGGUCAAUAUGGAGUGAAGGGAUUCCCAACUAUUAAGAUAUUUGGCGCCAACAAACGUUCCCCAGUCGACUUCAAUGGACAGCGCACAGCUAAGGCUAUGGCUGAGGCAGGUUUGGCCGAGGCCAAGAAGAAGGUUCAAGCCGCUUUCGGAGGUGGAAGCAGCAGUGGCGGAUCAUCAUCAUCGAAUGACGUCAUCGAACUCACUGACAGCAACUUUGAUAAAUUGGUUUUGAAUAGCGAUGAUGUUUGGUUGGUUGAGUUCUUCGCUCCAUGGUGUGGACACUGCAAGAAUCUCGAACCACAAUGGGCCAAGGCAGCCAAGGAACUUAAGGGCAAAGUCAAAUUGGGAGCUCUCGACGCAACCGUUCAUCAAGCCAAGGCUCAAGAGUAUGGAGUACGUGGCUAUCCUACAAUCAAAUUCUUCCCAGCUGGCAAGAAAUCUUCCAGUGACGCCGAAGACUACAAUGGCGGCCGAACUGCCUCUGAUAUCGUGUCAUUUGCUCUGGAAAAGCACAGCGAUAGUGUGCCUGCUCCUGAACUCAUUGAAAUCACCAACGAGGAUACAUUUGACACAGCUUGUGAAGGCAAACCUCUGUGCAUUGUGUCGGUGUUGCCACACAUUCUCGACUGUGACGCCAAGUGCCGUAAUGCAUUCCUAAAGACACUCAAAGAUGCCGGUGAGAAGUACAAGAAGAAGCUCUGGGGAUGGGCUUGGGCUGAAGGUGCCGCCCAACUUGCUUUGGAAGAAUCUCUGGAAAUUGGCGGCUUUGGUUAUCCAGCAAUGGCUGUGGUCAACUUCAAGAAAAUGAAGUUCUCAGUUCUGAAGGGAUCAUUCUCGAAGGAAGGUAUCGAUGAGUUCCUACGUGACAUCUCCUAUGGUCGUGGACACACUGCUCCAGUUCGCGGUGCCAAGAAACCAAAGAUCAACACUGUAGAUCCAUGGGACGGCAAAGAUGGUCAAUUGCCACAAGAGGAAGAUAUUGAUUUAUCAGACAUUGACUUAGAAGAUGAGAAAGACGGUAAAGACGAGCUGUAGAUAAGUUAAAAAAUAAAGGUUGGUGAUGUGAUAUUCAUCGAAGACUGCCGCCACCUACGAUCGCCCCCGCCCUCCCCAUUUAGGAGAAGUGAAACAAAAAUCAACUCCUCUUAUUUGGACAAACAAAAAAUUCCACGUCAUGUCAAUCGUCUAACUAAGAUACUUGUGUGUGUUAUCUUUUUUUGUAUUUAAGAAAAAUGCAGUUAAAAAAACAGUUAAGGGAAAAAAUCGUAGAUUGUAAACAAAAAAAAAUCAUUAUAAAAAAGUAGCGUAAUAAUAAUUUUAAGUUAAUUACAAACAAACAAAACAUUUCAAAA